UUCAAGACACAACCCCACUUCUCUAACAACCCACCUGCAAAAUCUCCUUUCUCAGUUUUCUAAUGGCUAGCCUCAAGCUUGUCUGCGCCUUAGCUUUUGCAUUGUUGGUGGUUGCACCAGUGGCUCUCGCCAUUGACUGCGGUCAGGUUGCCACUGACAUGGGUCCAUGCGUUAGCUAUCUGAAAACUGAUGGUAAAACUGCACCGCCUGCCAACUGCUGCAGUGGAAUUAAGAACCUAAACAACCAAGCCUCCACCACAAAAGACCGCCAAGAUGCAUGCCAAUGCCUACAAAACUCCGUUAAAAGUAUCGCUGGAUUGCAGGCUAACACAGCUGCAGCCCUCCCUUCCAAGUGCGGAGUUAACAUUGCCUACAAGAUCAGCACCUCCACCAACUGCGCUAGCAUCAAGUGAAUUUCAUGGAGUGCUGAUUUCGGGCACUAAGUAUAAUAGCAUUUGAAGAAUAAAGAAGGAUGUUCUGUAUCCGAUCGAAUGUGUCUGCUAGUCGUAGUUUGUGUCUUUGCAUUUUAUGUUGCCGUCUCUUCAAUGCGACGACACGUCGUUUUAUGUCGUCAACAAAAUCUACGCAAAUAAUAUAAGUUAUUUUGAAGGCUUUUAUUAUAUUAUCGUUUUCUUAAACAAUACUAACGUCAAUAAUAAGAUGCAUACAU